AUGAACCCCCCUCUUCAGUGGAACUUUGCUCACCUGAAUCUGCCUGCAGGUGGCCCUGCAGCUUUGCCGAAUAUCCCUCUCCAGCCCAACCCAGCACCACACAUACAGGCCUUAAACCCGGUUGCAUUCUUCCAGCAGUACCAGCAAUUUGUUCAUGACUUCACUGUGAAUACCCCUGGCGCUGUACCCCCUACACUAGAUCAGUUCCGCCAGUACUUCGAGAUGAUAGGACACUUACCGCCGCCACCGCCUCUUCCUCUCGGUCCCGCGCAGAUCCAACCAAAUUUAGAGCUCGCAGCGGCAGUGGAAGAGGUGAGAAACGAGAUAGCAGUGCUGAAACGAGACCUGGAAAACAGUGCAGUGGUCGGAGAUGCUGCAGGACAUGAGGCUGACGAUGAGGGCACCCUGCCAUUGAGAAAGCGGCUGAAGAAGACGAAGAAGGAUGAAAAACAGAUUCUUAGCAAGCCCAAAGAUGAAUUACGAGAGGAGCAACUCGCCGUACGGGAGGAACUUAUGCACCUCAUCAAUCGUGCUUUAAGAGACCUUACCGGACUGAAGCGCAACCCAUUCCCACUAAACAAGGACAAUGAAACCGAUGAGUCCUCGGCUUCCGAUGGAGAUGACGACAAUGGCGUGCCGCGGAUGGAUAUAAACCUCACAGCGGAUAUUCGACACCACCUGAAUGAAAAGGUCAUAGAUCGUGCCGUAGAUAUGGUGUAUACAGCGCAAACGAACCGAAAUACCUGCACGUUGAGCAACCCCGAUGUUAAGUUCACGCGCAAUGAUCUGAUCGUCUUUGCCAAGAACAAGUUCCGCAGCUGGCGAAAGGCAUACCUUGUGCAACAGGAUGAAGAAAAGAAAGCUCGCGCGCUCAAGCAGCAAGCAGGGAAUAAGCGUCACCGUCGUCAGAAGCAGCUAAAGAAAUUGAGGGCGGGGGUAAGGGACAAGUACAAGAAGAAGCACGGAGUUGAUCCCGGAGCCUUUCUUGUCACCGACUGGAUGAGUGAACAGGUUAGCGACUGGAGCGAUGAUGAUGAAGAGAAAGCCGAACGCCGCAAUGAGCUCGCUCAGCGUGCAAAUCUUACGCCUGAUGAAAUUGCGGGUGAAUUCAAAGUUCUGGAAAGGCGUCAGUUUACAGGGCAUUCACAGAAGCUCUGCACUGUCUACAAGGAACUGGAUCAACUUGUCCAGAUAACGUGCAACAAAAUGAAGAACCCACCAGUCGAGAAAUACAAACGAAUCAAUCUAGGCUGGGCUCUAAACUCUGCUCCCACCACACGUGUGUACUCUUGCAUGCUCAGUAGGACCUGGGUGAGAGCGCAUGCAGAGGAAGCAAAGGAGGUAGAAGUCUUCAAUGACAACCCUACUGACUUUGAAGAUAACGAGACCGCGGAGGAGUCUGACGGAGAGCGGUUGCAUCAAGAGCCUCCAGCAGAGAACAACGAAGACUAG